AUGGACGAUCAACCUGAUGAUGACUUGAAGAACCGGAAAGCAUCUACGCAUCAAGAUAGUGACUGCAUCUCUAGGGACGAAGUGAUGGCUACUAGUGCAAUGGCGAUUGAUGAAACAACUCUCCAAUCGGAAGACCGUGCUUUAAUGGACAGCGAGGAUGGGAAGCUGACUGCAGAUAACUCCUCUGCUACCGCUCUGCAAAAUUCUCAUCAAGUGACUGAGACUUCAGCUAAGAGCAAUCCUGAUACCUCGGAUCUUGAGGUCACUGGCAAAUAUAGGUUUCAGGAUAUGGAUAUCACUGACAACGAAUACCGUCUUCAUCCUGACCCACCUACGCCUAGCCAGACCUGCGAAGAGACCAGCGGGCCUCUCACAGCUGAACGCCCGCAGGAUGCCCAGUUGACCGAAGAUUCUACUACCAAAGGAAAUGAGCCCCAAAACACUACAUCUGGUACUGACAACCCCUCUUCCCAAGUCAACGCCCCGCGGAUUGGCUUCAAGCAUGACCCAGCGGAAGAAGCAAUCAUGGCUCAGGUGGAGCCAGAUCCGGAGACGGAGAUUGCCGUCGGACGGAAGAAGAAGAACAAAAAGAAGCGCCCAAAGAGCCAGAGAGGACUGAAUGCCCCGACUGGGUUCGAGCCGUGGCAUGCCGAUGCUCCGAUCACCCCACAGGAGUUUAAUGAUAAUAAGAAAAUCUACGAUCCAGCCCUGCCGAUUCUUGAUCGAAUUGAUGAGGGCAUCAAACGAUUUCUGGCCAAGCGUCGCCUCGAGCCUGAUAGACGCAAGGUCUUUCUGAAGUACCUACAGUAUGGUGGUGUCACUGUGGGCCAGAAUCCCAACCAGGGUGUGACUCCUCAAGAGUUGAAGGAAAUGGACAAGGAGGAGGCCAUGCAAGCUCGUGCGAAUACUGCCAUCUUUCCGAACGAGGGAAAAGAGUGCCCAAUUUCUUUCAAUGACGUUGCUACUGGAUAUCUGACGGGCUUCUACAUGGCUUACUACAACCCUGAGACCGAGGAAGAGAUCAAGGUGUGCACUGGUACCAUGAAGAAUUUCUUCACUUACUUGCUCUACCACGAUGUGUGCCCCGAGCAGAAAGAUGAUCUUGAAGAAGCCAGAAAAACCUGCGACCGCUGUGAGAAAGAGUUGUGGCUGAAUCUCCAGCUCGUUCAACAUGAUGGCCCAGGACACUUUAACCGGGCCUGCUCUAUGCUGUUUGGGGGCUAUUACUUUGAUGCCGUUGAUGAUCCCGAAACGUGGAGCCAUAUUCGGUAUGCCAGUGCAGAUGUUUUCACUCGUGAAAUAUCCCGCAAGGUCGUCAAAUAUGCCAUUGCUAUCAAUGGUGAUGACCGAAUGACUCGCAAAUUCAAAUGCCUUGCCGAAUGGGAUAACGUCGAGGCAACCCAGAUUCAAGAUAUCGAUGGCUUCGAGAUUAUCUCAAUCGAAUAUCCAUCCGAGGAGUCUAUCGCCUAUUACCGGGAGCUUGCGCCCGAUUUACUUCCAGUCGGAAAGGUGAAAGCGAGGGAGUUCCGCGACCCGUCCAGAGGGGAGUUUGAUCUUACUCCUUGGGAGAAGAUUGACUGGGACGCUGGUUUUGCGCCCGCAUACAAUCUUGAAUUCUUUCUCGAGAAAUCCGUUCUUGAUCUCAUGUUGCCUGGCAUGAAGAUCAUCACCAAUGUCUAUGCGACCAACUUCGGUAUGCAUUUCUACGAUGAAGUCAUGGCCGUGCUGCCUACAAACUACCUCUUCCUCUACAACGAUUGGAUGAUUGACUACAAGGAGCCAAAGCCCAUAGAUUGGAUUGGCGAUGAGCAAGAGAUUGAAAGACGUCGUGCCGAGGAUAUGAUCAUAGAGCCACCCGAGAUCCCAGAGAAAGCGUGGAUGUUGCAAAUCUUGGCCAAGGAGACUCACAAAGCCCCGAGAUACAGUCAAUACCUUAAUUGCACCCAUCGACGCCACGCCAGAGACAUCAUCAAAGUUCUUGAGUACAUCGGCUUCUCAAUGGGCGCUAUCAGAGAGAAGUGGGGGUUGGUAGAGAAGCCGAAGCCGAAGCCAGUACGGCUUUUCGAUGGGAGCCCCGUCGAGGAAGAAUCCACCGAGAAAGAACAUGGAGAAGAGCCCGUCGCAGGCAGGAGCGUCGAAUACGAGCCUACGGGUGAGAUGGAAAUUUAG